AUGGCGCGCUCCGCCCUCGCCACGGCCUGCGUGCUCGCGGUCUGUGCCUGCGCCGCCUACCAGGGUGCCCGCGCUUUCGUGCCCGCCCCGCGGAACCCCGCCCUGCGCGGCGACGCACUGGCGGCUGCCGGCGCGCUCGCCGCUGCCACCCCCGAGGCGGCCCACGCGUUCACGUACAAUGGCAAGGAGUACUUCGACGUCUUCUACGGCAUCAGCCCGCUGUACUGGGCACUGUGCGCGUUUGCCAUCGUCUUCUACGGCGCCGUGCUGAAGAACGCCGCGCUCAAGUACAACACGCCCUACGGCACCACCACCAACCCGGACGCCAAGCCGAUCGUGACCGGCAAGUUCGUGGGCAUGGAGGUGGAGACCAAUCAGGAGCAGUACAACUAUGGGGCCAAGGAGUACAUCAGCAAGUAG